UUGUUGAAGUGACUGAUGUCCAUGUUGUAGCUCAGUCAGUGUGUGACUUUGGCUCGGAUCUGCGUUACUUUGAUCACCCAGUGAUGGAGACAGAGGCAAAUUCUGCGCUGCAGCAUCAACAUCAUCACCUUCAUCAACUUUGACAUCAUGCUCCUUCCUUCUGACAGCAUCAACAUGAGUAACAAUCUGUGGACGGAGGAGCAGUUCAACUGCCCUGUGUGCCUGGACCUCCCCAAUGACCCAGUUACCAUCCCCUGUGGGCACAGCUACUGUAUUGCCUGCAUCAAGGACUACUGGACCAAGGACGACCCCAAGGGGAUCUACAGCUGCCCACAGUGCCGCCAGACCUUCUGCCCCAAACCCUCCCUGUCUAGGAACACCAUGCUGGCUGAUGCUGUGGAGCAGCUCCGCAAAGGGGCUCUCAAAUCAGAUGUGCGUGACUCCAUCCGAAGUGCUCGCAUGUCCAUGAUGUCCGUAACCAAAUCCAAAGGCACUGCAAAGCUGUCUACUUCCGCCGUGCCAUGCAACAUGUGCCACGGACAACCACAUGCAGCAAUCAAGAGCUGCCUGGUGUGUAUGAGCUCAUACUGUGAAACCCACCUGAAGCCACAAGACCCAGAGGCUCUGAUGCAGCACGAACUGAUUGCGCCCACGGGAAACCUGUCUGAGAAGAUCUGCACCCAGCACAAGUACCUACAGGAGUUUGUCUGUCACCAGUGUAAUGUGUUCGUCUGCUGGCUGUGCACCAGCAACCAGCACAAAGACCACGAGUGUGUCUCAACCAAAACCGAGCGUCUGGAGAAGCAGAAAGUGCUGGCAGAUAUCCAGACAGAGAAUCAGCAGAGACUGAAAGCCAGAGAGCAGGAACUGAAAGACAUGAAGACCAUGAUGGAUGUGGUGACGCGUUCUACAGGCAAGGUUCAAGAUGACAUUGAACAGGUGCUCUUGGACCUUCAGCGCUCAGUGGAGCGCCUCCAGGAGCUAGUAGAGGAGGUGCUGGAGCAAACCAGCCUGGAUAAAUUGAACCAAGCGCAAGAGGUGACUGAGAACUUGGAGGCUGAGAUCAAGGUGCUGAAGAAGAGAGACACUGAGAUGAAGGACCUGGCCCGCUGUGAGGACCACAUCCACUACCUGCAGACAUAUGAGUCCAUGUGCAGUCCUCUGGAGUCGGGGGACCUUCCCAAUGUGGUGGUCAACAAGGAUGCCUCUUUUGAGCCCAUACGAGAUGCCAUCCUAGACCUCAGGGACAAAGUGGAGGAUUUGUGCAACCAGGAGCUCAGUAAGAUCACCAAACAAGUCAAAGAAACAACUCUGUUCACUCUGGGAGACUCCAAUCGGACAGGACCUAAAGCAGGGCUUCUUAAACUGUUUUCUAGUCUGGGUUCUCGGAACUCAAGCAGCCGUUCUCCAGCUUCCUUUCCCAGUAUCUCAGUUGGAGGUCGGAGCAUAGAAAGACGAGGGCUUGGGUUUGGCAGCAGAAAUCCAGACGUGAGAAGCAGAGACACACCACGAGACAGAGGAAACUCAAGCAGCUCUCCCAGACUUCAGGAACGACGGAGGAGGGACGACAGAGACUCCAUGAGGGACACAAACCCCAGACCCAGUCCCAGUCCAGCUUCCAGUCAUAGAGAGUCUCUCUGGAACAGGUCUAAUCGGAGCCUGGCUGUUCCUGCGGCAAACCUGUCUCCAGUUGCAGCUGAUCCAACGCCAGCUCCGGCACCAACGCCAUCUGCUGCACCGGCAUCGACUGGAGGAUUUUCUCGGAUGGCAUCGAUUAACAGCAGCAUCAGCAGCAUGUUCCGCUCCCAUCGUCGCAACGCCACGCCAGCUACUCCAGCCACUCCAUCAAUUCCCGCCACUCCAGCUACACCAGCCACGUCAUUGACUCCAGCUACACCAGCCAUGUCAUCCAUGCCAGCCACACCUUUUGCAGGGGGAAACCCAUGGGCGAUGGAUGCUCUGUCUGAAACACCGACAGAAGUCAACCCCAGUCUCUUCUUGGACUUGCCCAGCUCCGACACCAUGAAUCACACUCCUGUCUUCCCCGCAUUGAAAGAAAUUAAUAUUGACAGCAUCCAAGCUCCAGAACCAAGGACCAGAGAGGAGUUCCUCCAGUACUCUGUGCCCUUGUGCCUUGACACGAACUCAGCCCACAAACGGCUAGUUCUCUCCGAGGAUAACACCAAAGCCACCCUGCAGGUGGCAGCGCAGCCCUACCCUGACACUCCUCAGCGUUUUGAGUGCUGGACCCAGGUGAUGUGUCAGGGUCCCCUCAGCGCCGGUCGCUGUUACUGGGAGGUGGAGUGGAGAGGGCGGGGCUCCUCUAUGGGUGUGGCUUAUGGCUCAUUGAAUAGGAAGUGCUCAGACAGCAGGGCGGGGCUCGGCUACAACUGCCAGUCUUGGACCCUGGAGCUGUCAGACACUUGCUGCUCUGCCAUGUACGACAACAAGAAGAAGGACAUACCGGUCACCUACUCCCCCCGUGUGGGCAUCUACGUGGACAUGUCAGCGGGAACGCUGGCCUUUUACAGCGUGGCAGACAGCAUGACACACCUUCACACCUUUCGCGCAAACUUCACGCAGCCACUGUACGCUGCCUUUGGGGUGGGCAGCGGGAUCGGUGUGGGCCUGGACUUCGCUCUUGGGAAGUUCAGCUCAGGUUCAGACAGUAUCAAGAUCUGUCAGUAAGAGUUUGUGACUGAAGUUUUCUGCACAGUCUGAUCACACCUGAUGUUGUUUUUCAUACCCUAUUUGCACUUAAUGACACAUUUCUGUUCAGUGUAAGAAAGAAACGCAUCUACACACUGUACUAAUCCUCAACUGAUUUUAUAUUCUACAUGUAAUUUUUCAUUUAAGUUUCACAAAGUACUUGUCACCUACUGAUGAGCUUCCUGAGAUGUUUCACCAGCUGAAAGCAGAGCAGCAGAUAAACCUUGUAGUUUCAGAUGUGUUGUGGGGCAGUUUAAACAUGAAUGCCUUUUUUUUUAAUUUGUCUGACACAUCUUUAAA